CACACCUUGUUCCUGCCUGCAGCCGCUCACACUUCCCUAUUCCACCCCUCCCAUUCAACGACUCCCUACCCUGGAUCGUCAACCAGGGCCUGCAAAGAGUCGCCUUCAAGGCUUCUAAUUUCUGCUUUGGAGACAAAGUGUCGUAUUAAUUUCCUUAACCCCCAGGUCUUGGGCUCGACGCGGUUCCAUUUACGACCUAAUUAUCCCGCCAACAACUAGGUAUCACCCACUAGAAGCCAUUCAAAUACAACGCGAAAUCUGCUCCUAUGGAGCGCAGAACCACCUCAUCCAUGGCGCCGAGUCUCAGAUCCGGCGCUAUCCCACGUCCAGGCAGCCGAAUCAAUAAACGCGCCUCAACAGCGAGGCAGGCAUUAAGCCGCCAGACAACUACGGCAUCACGAAUUGACCGAACUGGGGCGACAUCUCCGGCCGAGUCGGUGUCAUCCGUCACCACAACAGGAACAAAGCGCAAGGAGCGUGAUUUCGAAGGGGACGAUGGAGAGUCGACCAACAUCAAUGUCGUUGUUCGCUGCCGAGGACGGAACGAGCGCGAGGUGCGGGAAAAUAGCGCCGUCGUCGUGUCUUCCGAGGGAGUAAAGGGCAAGGUUGUCCAGCUCUCCAUGGGCCCCAAUGCUCUGAGCAACAAGAGAUAUAACUUCGACCGUGUCUUCUCCCCGGCGGCGGACCAGAGCAUGGUCUUCGAUGAUGUCGUCAAGCCCAUCCUCGACGAGAUGCUGGCCGGAUUCAACUGUACCAUCUUUGCCUACGGGCAGACGGGUACCGGUAAGACAUACACCAUGUCUGGUGACAUGAGCGAUACCUUGGGCCUUCUGUCUGAUUCGGCUGGUAUCAUUCCCCGAGUACUACACGCUCUCUUUAACAAGCUAGAGAUUGACGAUACGGAGAACUGUGUCCGCUGCUCAUUCAUCGAGCUAUACAACGAGGAGCUGCGCGACCUCUUGUCUCCAGAUGAGAACGCCAAGCUCAAGAUCUACGACGACAACUCUCGGAAGGGCCAUGCCACAACUGUCGUCCAAGGCAUGGAGGAGCGACACAUUACCGCCGCGACCGAGGGCCUCAAGUGGCUUCAAGAGGGCAGCGUGAGGCGCCAAGUUGCUGCUACUAAAUGCAACGACCUGAGUAGUCGGAGUCACACAGUCUUCACCAUCACUGUCAACUCCAAGAGGACCGGGGAGAACGGCGAGGACUACUUCUGCACCGGCAAGCUGAACUUGGUUGAUCUUGCCGGAAGCGAAAACAUCCAACGAUCCGGGGCCGAGAACAAGCGAGCUGCCGAGGCAGGCCUGAUCAACAAGAGCCUCCUCACCCUUGGCCGUGUCAUCAACGCCCUCGUUGACCGCAGCUCCCACAUUCCCUACAGGGAAUCGAAGCUUACCCGGUUGCUUCAAGACUCGUUGGGGGGACGCACCAAGACAUGCAUCAUCGCAACCAUCUCGCCGGCCAAGAGCAACCUCGAGGAGACCAUCUCUACGCUGGAUUAUGCCUUCCGCGCCAAGAACAUCCGCAACAAGCCACAGGUCAAUGCAAUGAUUCACAAAAAGACCCUCUUGCGCGAAUUCAGCACCGAGCUUGAGAAGCUCAAGAGCGAGCUCAUUGCGACUCGCCAGCGCAAUGGUGUCUACCUAUCCAACGAGGCAUACGAGGAGAUGACUGUUCAAAACGAGUCUCGGCGAAUCCUGACAGAGGAACAGGCGGCCAAGAUGGAAACCAUGGAGGCCAACCUUCGGAACAAGGUGCAGGAGCUCUUCUCUCUAACCUCGAGUUUCAUGGGACUCAAGAAGGAGCACGAGGGGACCAAGACACAGCUCGACAACACAAAGGAGGUUCUCGACCAGGCAGAGCUCGUCCUGGCAGCUACGCGGAAGACUCUCGCCGAAGAGACGCACGUUCGAAAGGCACACCAGCAGACGGAGAAGAAGCUUGCCGCCGUCGGCGGGGAGCUCAUCAACACUCUGAAGAAGACGGUUGGGGAUGUCGGUGCCCUCCAUUCCAAGAACAAGCGGAAGUCGGACUUGCAGAAUCUGAACCGUAGCACGUGGGGCAUGUCGCAGAGCCAAGUGUCGAAUGUCACGGAGCUCGUUGAGGGGCGGAUCCAGGAGUUCCGCAAAGGGCAGGAGGAGCACAUUUCCAGCGUGUCCGACAGGAUGCAGCAAUUUGUCCAAGAAGAGCUGCAAAAGCUGUCGUCGACACAGGCCUUCAUGGAUGAGAAUCUUGGUCAGUUCGGCGAGUCGAAGAAGGACCUGAUGGAGCAGAAAGAGAAGUCGAAGGAGGAGAUGGACAAUGUGCUGGAGGAGAUCAAAGUUGUUCGGGAUAACAUCAAACAGCGCGUCGGAGAGAGCCUCGAGUCAAUUGCCGCCGCCGCUGAGAGGAUAGCUGCUGAUGUCCUCAGUGAACUGACUACCUUCCACAGUCAGUUGCAUUUGUCGUACAGCUCCCUUGGAAAAGACUGCAAGACCAUUUUCGAGGACCUGUUCCGGCACAUCAACGCCCAGAAGAAAGAAUCUGAUAGACUCAGGCAUCAACUUGAAUGCGCGGGCGAUGCCAUCGUGCAGUCCAACGAGUCCGUCUCCAAUCGGAUCCAGGACGUCCUGAGCCAAGAGCGGGUGCAGGCAGCCGAAGAACGCCAGCAGCUUUUGGCUCAAAUCUCGACUCUGAUCAACUCUCAAGCGGAACUCCAGGAGUCUCGUCUGGCUGGAAAGGGUGCCCUCCUCCAGAAGACGGUCAGCGAGUCGAACCAAACCUUCCAGGGAAGCGUGUCUCAAUACUCAGAGGGGAUGGAUGCUUGGAAUUCCGAGGGUAGCCAGAUUUUGGACAGCAUCUCCAAAUCCAAGGCUGCCCUUAAGAAGAAGCUGAAGGAUGACUGGAGUACUGCAAAUGAGCACAGCACUUCUAUCCAGGGCACAGCGAAAUCAGUCCACACGGAGACUAUCCGCGUGGUUGACCAGCAGAAGAACGAUCUAGAUGUUCAGAUGAAGGACUUGGACGACUUUGUGACCCGCGCCAGAUCCGAGAACAGCGAGCACCACAAGCAGCACGCUGAGUCCUUGCAGAGCCUGUCCGAAACGGUCGAGAAAUCCUUCUCCAACAUCUCAACCCACUUCACGAACACAUUCGACCGGGUUCGAGAUCUUGGGGACGAGAUGGAGACCGACUCCAGGAAACUCACGGGCGCGCUUGCGCCGCUGGAAGAGAACAUCUGCCGCCCACUCAGCAACCUCAGAGACGAUAUCAACAGCACCAUGCUGCGCGAGUACGAACCCACCGGCGACACCCCCGAGAAAAAGGUGUACCACUAUCCGACCGAGCUGCCGCGCACAGAAACACCCGGCAUCUUGGUUGCGGGACUUGGCGACACGCCGAGCCCAAGCAAAGGCACCCCCGCCGUCUUCAACGACCUCGACCUGCUGGCACCGCCCACAACGGCAUCCUCGCAUAUGUCGCCGCCGAUGGCGCCUCCCCAGCCGCGCAACCCCCUCAGCAUGAGCCUGCGCGAGGUGAACCCCAACCUGACGACGGGGGCCAUCAUGUUCGACCCGUCGGCGAGCACCAUGUCGCUGCCGGCCAUCAAGGAGAACGCCACCCUGCCCAUCUUCAGCAAGCGGAGCACGUCGUCGUCGCUCAAGCCUCCGUCGACGCGGUACGCCAAGAAGCAGACGGCUGCUAUCAUGUCCGCCAUCGCCUACGAGGGCAGCGAGAACGUGCCGCCCGGAGGCGCGUUCUCGCAGAGCACAAACACUAGGAGGAAGAGCCCGCGCCUUAACUGAGCGUUGUUGGAGAGAUUGUUGGCUUUCUCAUCAGUGUCUCGGAGGAACGUAUAUUGUCUUUUUUCCCCCUUUGGGUUUCGACGGGACCGGACCGGGAUGGGGUUUGUCGGAGUUUCAGGGGUAUUAGGGCAGGGAUGCCGGCUACCAAGCGGCGUUGGGGUGACGUCUUGCUGUUUAUUUGUACAUUUUAUGGAAUAUCCCGAUACCCGUGAGAGUAGUAGUGGUUCGUGGGGUUGUUAAUGAAAGUUUUAUAUCCUUUGAU